AUGCCUCUCGCCUCAGCUGCAACCAGCUUGCGCCAGAUUCUCAAGGAUCCUAAUGGCUUUGUUGUCGCCCCUGGUGUGUACGACGGCCUCUCGGCACGUCUGGCGCUCGCGGCGGGAUUUGAUGCUCUGUACAUGACCGGCGCUGGCACCUCGGCCUCCGUCCACGGCCAGGCAGAUCUGGGUAUCUGCACACUAAACGACAUGCGGGCCAACGCAGAGAUGCUCGCGAAUCUAUCCCCGUCCACACCGCUAAUCUGCGACGCCGACACGGGCUACGGAGGCCCUAUCAUGGUCGCCCGCACAACCGAACAAUACGCCCGAUCCGGGGUAGCAGGUUUCCACAUCGAAGACCAAGUGCAGACGAAGCGGUGUGGCCACCUGGCCGGCAAGGUGCUAGUGGACAUAGAGACAUACACGUCACGAAUCCGGGCCGCGGUGCAAGCGCGUCAGCGGCUGGGCAGCGACAUCGUAGUCAUCGCACGCACGGAUUCCCUCCAGGGGCACGGGUACGAGGAAGCGUUGGCACGACUGCGUGCAGCGCGCGACGCGGGCGCGGACGUGGGCUUCCUCGAAGGGAUUUCGUCGCGCGAGAUGGCCCGGCAGGCGGUGCAGGACCUUGCGCCGUGGCCCUUGCUGCUGAAUAUGGUCGAGCACGGGUCUACGCCGUCCAUUUCGGCGGCGGAGGCUCGGGAGAUGGGAUUCCGCAUUAUCAUCUUUCCGUUUGCCACGCUCGGCCCUGCUCUUACUGCGAUACGGGAGGGAUUGGAGAAACUGAAACGGGAUGGGUUGCCGGGAUUGGAUAAAGAGUUGACGCCGCAGGCGCUAUUCCGCACCUGUGGGCUGGAUGAGAAUAUGAAGCUGGAUGCGGAGGCUGGGGGUGUUGCAUUCGAGGGCGGCGUGGAUCUGCGGAAGUCCUGA